CAUCCACCUCGAGGCCCCCAUCGCGGCUCCUGUUCUCCGUCCCACUAUUACUUCCAUUCUUCUAGAAGCUCCCUUUCCCCUCUCACACCCGUUUUUCUCCCAGCACCAAUCAGAUGAGUGCCGCGUGCCUGCGACGGUGGCCGCUCAGCCGCCCUGGCCAUUGCGUCAUUGAUCCCAUCGUGCCUUGGGCUUCAACUUCCUUCUCCUCUUCCACCUUCUCCACGACUCAUCUCUCCGCAGCCCAGCUACCGCUGCGAAUCAUCCAGACUCACUACUCCUCCCACUACCAUCACCUGUGCCCAUCUCAACGCCGUCUUCCAAACAAACCAUCCGUUCUCUCUUCCACAACAAGACCAACAACCCACAUCACCCCUCCUUGUCCCACCCUCACCACACUCACCACCCGCACCAUGUCCUCUGACGACGCCUACAUGUCCUUCCUGGAUAAAGCCAACGCUGACCUCAGCGCCGGCCAAUCUCAACCCGCCACCACGACCUCUUCGUCUGCACGCACCGAAACCAUCCACACGGACGUUCGCAUCCCCACACCCCUCACCUCCGUCAACGCCUUCUACAUCUCCGAAACAGACGAGCCGUUUGAGCCCGUCGCCUUGAAAUGGGACGGUGCUGCGAGGGGUAUCUGGCCUGAUGCCUCUCACCUUUCCAAACUCAUCUCACCGGAUAAGGAUCUCUCCGCUGAAAUUGAGACCUUGUCGCCUGCGAUGUUUGAUCCCCGGAAUCACUAUGCGGGGGUGUUGAAAGCCGUGAGGGCAUCGGCGGGAGAUGAACAGGGCGCAGAUAUCAAGGUUUAUCGGGUUGAGGUGGGAAGCUCGAGGGUUGAGUAUUUUGUUUUGGGGUUGGAUGUAGCGCAAGGGCUGCUUGUUGGGUUGAGGGCCAAGGCAAUUGAGACUUAGGUGGGUUUAUUGUCCAUCAUGUGUAUUUCUAGGGCUGAGUUGUGCUGUGCUUGUGGUUAUGAAUGAUGACCUUUCGUUAUAUGUGAGGGGUAUGGAGGCUUGUUUGGUAUCUGGAGGUUGUGAUAGGGUUGGUUGUAUAUGGGAAUGCUUGUAUGUAGCAUGGCAAUACAUGGGUUUUCUGUUCUUGUA